AUGGCCGGAGGAUCAAAAUCUCAUCGAAAACUCGGUGCCUCCAGGCAGGUGAAGAAAACCACGCAUGUAAGGUCGACUGAUGCCAAGCUGCAUCCAGAGGCUCGAGGCCUACGUAGAGCAGUCACCAAAACCCUAGGACUCAAAGCCCAGGCACAGGAGCAAAUGAAUGCAGAGAGACGGGUGCAGGAGUUGCUUGCAGAUGUCUCGCACGAAACCAUCGCCCUGCUUCGUCACGGCCUGCCCAAUAAUGACUGCGAAAUGCAAGAUGACCAACUAUCCGCAAUGCCAAACGCUGUAGAUGCUUCUGGACAGGCAGACGGGUGGGUAGACGAAAACAUGCCUGUAGCGGACGACUUCUUGAGUGCAAUGCGAGAUGCCUCCCAUUCUAGAUUGAAUGGGCGGUGGUACAAGCAACAGCGGCGCUGGAAGCUGCGCAGAUCCUGA